GCAGAGUAAAUCACAGAGAAAAGAGGGGCGCGUGUAUUUAUUCAUGAAGUAAUAUUCUCUCAUUCGUUGUUUGGACUUACUCAUAAAUAAUCUCCGUUUCAUUUUUUAACACUGUUCAGUCAUUUUUAUAACUGUACGCGCCUUGAGUUGAAGACAGUCAUAUUUAUGUGAGUUUGAACAUACUAGCCCCCCCCCCCCCUAAUAACAUACCGUGGUCAGGCAUCACACUGUACGCUAGUUUUGAAGUGCAAGUAAAACCGAAACAUCGAAAGGGCGAAAUAUCUAAUCGAUCUAGUCUUAGAGUUAGCGUCAUAUUAAUCAUGUUUUGUGUGUGUUAUUUAUACGGUACUGAUGGUGCCGCUCGAUAAAAUGUCCAUAGACGAAUGUUCAGUGGUGAUAUUUGGCGCGCUGUUGUCGGAAGAGCGAGAUUAGACCGUACAAUUCAUCAUAUCAGAGUGAUUUCACUGUUUUCAGUUUCAGGAUGGUGGACAAUAAAUACAUCUUUCAAAUGUCUGGCAUCAAGAAUCAUUCCCAGAAAAGACAGUUACUCCAGGGCAUCAGAAAGCUGGGGGGCGCAUAUAUUGGAGGCUCUGUUUAUAAGGAGGCAACAACUCACCUUAUCGUCCAAAAAGCUUUAGCAAGUGAAAAGUUUCUCGCAGCCUGUGCUGGAGGGAAGUGGAUAGUCACUCCAGAGUUUAUUCUGGACAGUGUGAAUCAAAAAGCCUGGCUCCCAGAUGCUUCAUACGAGUUAAACUUAACAGCUCAGACCCCUGAGACACCCAAUCCACUGAAAACAUGGAGAGAAAGGGUGUCUAACGGCACUGUGUCUGGAGCUUUUCAGGACUGGGUGGUGCUCAUUGACAUUGAUGAUCCAGUGAGCAGAAGUGUGUUUGUCAGGAUAUUAAAAGCAGGCAGAGCUGUUGUCUUCACAGACUGGCCGACUUCAUAUGCUGUAACUCACGUGUUAACCAAAAAUGCAUCCAAAGAUAAAGGCGAGAAUUGCAGAAUCCCUCACUAUAGUGUCAGCUAUGUAGCCAAACAUCUUUUUGAGCGUGCUUGCUCCGUGUUAAACUGGCCCUGUAAUUUGGAGUCCUUCGAUGGAGAAGAGAGCUGUGAAAUGGAUUUUGAGGCUGCUGCAGUCACUGACAAGUUCAUGGAUGUUACUGAUGACCUUUCACAUAAAGAAUUGGAGCAAAUGCUCAAAGAAUACAUCAUAAUAAUGGAGCAACGGAAGAAAAUACUUUUGACAGUCCCAGAGUUCCACAGCUACUACACACCUAACCUGCUAGUUCAGAUUCCAGCGGUAGAUUUCAGCAAUGUGCAGAGCUUGGUGGAGUGUGCCUUCUUCCCUCAAGCUCUGGAGGAGAUUCUGGGGUCCCUGCAGCCUGGAGUGAUGCCCCCAGCCCUGCUGCUCCAACAGCUAAUGCGCCACGCACUGCAUGGUGAUGCAAAGCCAUUGUACCUCAGCAUGUUUAUCACAGUUCUCCACAGUAUCCUGCGCAACAAUCCUACCUGGGGUUCUCCUGGACACACUAAGUACUUUCUUCAGAUCCUCCAGUGUCCUGAAUGUAAGGGCGGCCUCUGGUCACUUCUUGAGACAUCAGUUCGAGUGUGUCUAGCAAGCAAACCCACCUGUCACUCACUGCCAAGCACACCAUCCACCGAGUUGUUUCGUCUCCAUUGUAACCUGCAGGAGUUCUUCCUGAGACUUUUUCAGCUGGAGCUUCAUGCUGCUAGCUCAGGGAGGUCACCUGGACAAAGUCGGGCAUCUGUUCUGUACAGUACCUUCUGGAACAUGUGGGAGAAGUCGACUCUGACCUCCAGGGCGGUUCAGCAACUCAGCAAGUUACUGAUCAAGACUGUAAUCUGGGCUUUCAACUCCGCUCAGGAGUGGAGGCUGGGAAUGUCAGUCACUCUGCAGGAGACUCUGUGUGUAGUGGUGGAGUUCUGGGCUCAGGAACACAGUCCACUCAACAGCAGUCUGGUGGAAAAAGGCUUUAAAGACCUGGCUGAACACAUGGCCAUACUGUGCCAAGUGUUACUGUGUGUUCUUUUCAGAGCUGUGAAAGACUCGGCAGGCGGCUCAGGUUCAGGGAGAGAGACUGUCCCAAGAGGUUACCACAGAGUCAAUGCUGCAGGCGAGACACUCCUUCAUCUAGCCUGCAAGAAGAACCAGGUGGAGAGGUUACUUCGUAUCCUCAGCGUGCCUGGAACAGACGUCAACAUUAAAGAUCACGCUGGCUGGACGCCCCUUCAUGAAGCCUGUAACCAUGGCAGCAUGGAGUGUGUGCAGGCCCUGCUCCAGCACUGCCCGAACCUACAGCUGGGCAGUCAGGUCCAGGGAGUCAGUCCACUACACGACGCCCUGCUGAACCAACACAUGCACAUCGCCAAGAUGCUGCUGCAGCGCGGCGGCUCUCCUCUUCUAAAGUUGCGUGACAGUGAAGGUCAAACCCCUCUGGACCUGGUUUCUUUCGAGGCUCUACGUGAGGAGCUCCUUCGCUGUGCAGAAGAAGGUGACAAAGCUCUUGCAGCUCCCUGCUUGGAGGUUCGGGAUCUGCCCUUCAUAGAGUCCUGCUCAUGGGUGCUCAGCUGCCUGUUCCUCACGUACCUCCAAGAGCGACACGUACCUACCUACAAAACCCCACUUACACCUCUGGACCUCAGUCCCACUGUAUGCCGCAGCUUGAUCCGUCUCCAUUCAGAUGAGCUAGCCUCCAACUGGGGAGAUUCCCGUGCGGUGACCCUGGCUGAGGACCUGAGGACUGUGUUGAGUUUGGAGCAGUAUGUGUCACAAGUGAGCCCCGCACUGAGACGCUGUCAUGGGGAUCAAACCAGGCUGUUUGUGCAGCUGCUUGAUGAUCUGCAGGCGGAGGGGGCGGCACUGAUCUCUGGACAAUCUGAUUUUGAUUAGUUCUAAAAGAGUCUCUAUAGAGGAACAAGAAGAAAUGGGCAUCUAUCUGUAGACCCGUGGUAAAGCUCUGCCUUUUGUUAAACUACUAGUAAAAUGUGUUUCCUGGUCCAAUCAGUGAGUUCUGAAUGGAUACAAAUAAGAAUUAAUAUCACCCAGACUGCAUAGGACUCAUACUGUAGUGAUUGUGCACUUUUUAUGCUUUGAUUUUUGGUUGAAAUUAUUAAAAUAUGGGGAUUAUUGUGUGUACAAAAUAUUUUUG